UUCGAUUCUAAUUCAGUCAAUUUCGUAUACCAAACGGACACUAAAAAACUAACUUACAAGAUCAACAAGUUUUAGAUAAAUAUGCGAAGCCCAAUGUUUUUAGGCCCAAUGUGAGUUGAAACUCUAAAAAGCAUCUUCUUCAUUGUUUGUCAGGUCUGCACUCUUUACAGAAUAGAGGGAGGAAAGCGAAGGCUGAAGAAAUGGCGCUUGCUUGGUUGGAGGCGGUUCUGCCUUUGGGAAUCAUUGCCGGCAUGCUCUGCAUUGCAGGAAACGUCCAAUAUUUUGUCCACAAAGCCUACCAUGGCCGGCCUAAGCACAUAGGAAAUGAUGUUUGGGAUGUAGCGAUGGAAAGGCGUGACAAGAAGCUCAUGGAGAUCCUCUCUGCUGCUCCUUCCUCUGAUUAGCUUCGUUUGCUGUUCCGGUCUGGCAGCGUUACCAGCGUGCGUGGAAACAAAAAUGCGCUUUGCCAUUCUCAAUUGCUGAAAU